GAGCGGGGAUCUGCCGGGCGGCCUGAGACGAGGCGCUGAGCCACAUGCAAGCGGGGCGCCCGGGAGGCGACGGCGACACUUGUGAGCUAGCAGCAGUGGUGAUCCAGACGCAGACGCGAACGAGCCAAUAGAAACAACAGCAGCAGCCACUGCAGUUAGAGCAGCAGCAGCAACAGCAGCAGCAGCAAGGAGGCUCUUUAACAAGCCACUCGGCGGGCGCGCCCUCCAGAAGGCAACCGCCCGCCACCCCAUCGCCUCACUCUUCUGGAGUGUUCAUGCCCCCGGGGCUCCAGGGAGCGCCAUGGCCCGCGCACGACAGGAGGGCAGCUCUCCGGAGCCCGUAGAGGGCUUGGCCCGCGACGGUCCGCGCCCCUUCCCGCUCGGCCGCCUGGUGCCCUCCGCUGUGUCCUGCGGCCUCUGCGAGCCCGGCCUGCCCGCCGCCCCUGCUGCCCCCGCCCUGCUGCCGGCCGCCUACCUCUGCGCCCCCACCGCCCCGCCUGCCGUCACCGCUGCCCUGGGGGCCCCCCGCUGGCCUGGGGGUCACCGCAGCCGGCCACGAGGCCCGCGCCCGGACGGUCCUCAGCCCUUGCUGUCACCAGCCCAGCAGCACCUAGAGUCGCCUGUGCCCAGCGCCCCGGAGGCCCUGGCGGGAGGCCCCACCCAGGCAGCCCCCGGAGUGCGCGGGGAGGAGGAGGAGUGGGCCCGGGAGAUCGGGGCCCAGCUGCGGCGGAUGGCAGACGACCUCAACGCGCAGUACGAGCGGCGGAGACAAGAAGAACAGCAUCGACAUCGCCCCUCACCCUGGAGGGUCAUGUACAAUCUCUUCAUGGGACUCCUCCCCUUACCCAGGGAUCCCGGAGCCCCAGAAAUGGAGCCCAACUAGGUGCCUACACCCACCCGGGGACGUCGGGGACUUGGGGGGCAGGACCCCCUCCGCCUUCUGACACCCUGGCCAGCGCGGGGGACUUUUUCUGCACCAUGUAGCAUACUGGACUGCCAGCCUUGCUCGUCCUAGGGACGGACAAGGGAAGCCACUCGAGCCGGGGCAGCCUAGGUGCACUGAUGGAGAUACGGACUUGGGGGACCCUGGCCUCCCGAAAGCCAGGGAAGGGAGGGCUGACGGACUCAUGGUGACCGAGGGGGUGAGGACCGAGCCGCCCGCCUCUGCCGCCCACCACCAUCUCAGGAAAGGCUGCUGGUGCUGGCUGCCCGUUCCAGCUGCAGGGGCUGGACAUUGGGGGUGUCCCCAGUGCGCCUUCACUUUGGGCCUGGCCUCAGGCCCCUGGUGCUUCCCCCCCUCCUCCUGGGGAGGGGGUCUGUGAAGAGUAUAUGAGCCAAACCUGACCACUAGCCUCCUGGAGCCAGAGAAUGGGGGGGGGGGCAUGUGACGGCCUUCUCAACCCAGUGCCCAGCCAUCUUCCCUGAGCCGCCGGCGGGCGGUGACCGAUGCCUGCCUCACCUUCAUCUGGGGUUGUCCAGGAGGGGUCCAGACUGUGAAUCCUGUGCUCUGCCCGGGACCACCCCUCCCCUCAAUCCCCAUCCAUCCCAUUGCAUAGGUUUAGAGAGAGCACGUGCGACCACUGGCAUUCAUUUUGGGGGGUGGGAGAUAUUGGCGGAAGCUACCCCAGCCUUAGUCUCCAGGGCAAAGUGCUGGGGAGGAAGAUGGGGAGUCAGGGAGGGGGGAAAGUCUCAGAAGAGGGAGGAGUCUGGGAGUGGGGUGGGACGGCCCAGCCUGUAAAAUACUGUACAUGCACUGCUGUAGAUAUACCGGAAUGAAUUUUUCUGUACAUGUUUGGUUAAUUUUUUUUGUACAUGAUUUUUGUAUGUUUCCUUUUCAAUAAAAUCAGAUCGAACAGUGGACACUCUUUUUGCUAGCCUUACCAGUGGCAGGGCAUCUGUCACCACCUGUGAGCCUGUGAGGGCACCGAAGAG